CGCUGCUGGGAAAGUGCAGUUUUGAGUCAUCGGAAAAAUAGACUGUGUACGCCUACUAGCGGCAAUGGUUCCGACUAGCCUGAUAUGCGACAGAAGAUGACGUGGCAAGAAACUACGUACGGCGCACAUACGAAGCGGUUAAUAUGUCAAGUGACACUGUUGCAGCAGAUGACGUCUGCAAGGGAGGCAGCGGUAGGAAAGGCUCUUUCCAGACCGGCAGCUCGGCGCGCAGUCGCUGGAAGAUCCUGGCGCGCGCGCUGCUGGAGGCAUCCGCGGAGAAAGGGGGAACGGGGGAAGCCGCGGCGGGGGACAGGGGGCAGGGGGGAGGCGGGGAUGCGAGGGGGGGCGGAAGGGGAGAGGCUUCCGGAAACUGCGAGGCGGAUGAGCGGGUUUCGCGCCGACCAAUCAGAGGCUUCCACCUGUUCGAAUGCCGACCUGCGGAGGCCUCGAGCGCAGGACCAGGCGCACCCCCACCACUUGCGGAUGGUGGGGCAGCAGCCGCGGGGGAAGCGGAUAGUGCGGGGGCAGCCCCAGGGGAUGCGGAUGGUGUAGGGUCAGGCGCGGGGGAUGCGGAUGGUGCGAGGGCAGGCGCGGGGGAUGCGGAUAGUAUGAGGGCAGGCGCGGGGGAUUUGACCCAGAGAGCAGGUAGAGGCAUGAAAGCGGAGGGAGGGGCAGGCAUGGGCGAUAGAGUGCAAUGGGACCGCCCCUUCGUGUACCGCAUCCCCAUUCAGCCCAGCCGCCGCUGCUGCUGCUCCUCCUUGCCCCAUUCCUCUUCCCCCUCCCCCACCUCCACCUCCUCCUCUGCUUCCUCCUCCUCUUCCUCCUCCUCCUCUUCCUCCUCCUCUUCCUCCUCCUCUUCCUCCUCCUCCUCCUCCUCCUCUUCCUCCUCCUCCUCUGCUAUCCCAUCCCUCACAUCCCUGAGCGCCCAUCUCCCCCCGACCAGCCUCACAGAGCAUGCGGCAUGGCUUGUCAAAGAGAUCACUAUAUGGCACAGAGUGGCGGGCCGUGUGCGCCUCUCUGAGAUGGCAGCAGCGACCAGAGCAGGCAUCGACACCACUGGGGUGCUCGGCAUGUGGCCAUCUGAAGAAGCCAUGGCAUGUUACCUGAUUGCACAUGCGUACAGAUUCAGGGGUCGUCGGGUGGUGGAGUUGGGGGCGGGGUAUGGGCUGGCGGGCAUGGCUCUGGCAGUGCAGCAGGAGGGAGUGGGGAGGGUGCUGCUCACAGAUGGCAAUGACAGUGUGGUCGCACGCCUACACCGCACAGUGGCAGCCAACAGGCAGCAGUUUGGGCCGAGCCAGGUCUCGGUUAUGGGCCUGAGAUGGGACCACCACCCCCCAAAGCACCACUGGCCGCCCGGCCUCUCUCCUCCCUUCCACGCCCUCAUUGCUGCUGACUGCACGUUUUUCAAGGAGCAUCACGAGCACCUAUUGCGCACCAUCACGGCCCUGCUCACCGUCCCUUCUCCACAGCCCUCCUCCGUACCUCCUGCCACCGCCACAACAUGCGACGCCACACUCCCCACCACACAGCAACCACCGACGCCUGCAGCAGUAACAGCCAGUGCAGGGGAGGAGGCAGCAGGCAGUGCAGCACCCACAGUAGAACACAGAACCACAGCAGCUGCAGCCAGGGCAACAAGCACGGCAGCAGCAGGGGGGGGGACAACAACCCCCCCCUAUCCACCUGAGGCAUUUCUGUUUGCCCCCCACCGGGGCUCCUCCCUCUCACUCUUCUUGGCCCGCGUGCAACAGCAAGGAGAGUGGCACGUGCGCGUUGAAGAGAGGUACCAUGAGGCGGUGAGCCGGGCGUUUGGAGAGGAGUGGGGCGAGGCGGAGGAGGAGGAGGGGGAGGGGGAGGGGGAGGAGAGGAAGGAGGGUGAGGGUGUGAAUGGGAAGGUUCGGCAAGGAGAGGAGGAAGGAGCAGGCAGGGGUGGUGUGGAGGGAAUGAGCAGUGAGAGGAGAGGGAGUGAACGGGAGAGGAGGCAGCGCAGGGAGCCGUGGGAGGGGUACGACCGCAUGCAUGACUACCCUGUGAUGGUGCACAUGACAUGGGCAGGGCGGCAUGCAUGAUUGACCUGCCAAGGUGCACAUGCCAUGAGUAGGGCGGUAUGCAUGUGGGUGAGGUGAUGGCGCAUGCUGCAGUGGUGUCAUGUGGGUGAGGAUGUCGAGUUGGGGGCAUGCCUUACAGCGAUUACCUAGUAUUGAUGUUUGUAUGCAUGGGUGUCACCUGUUGUGUCCUUCAGUGAAGGUCUACCCACGGCUUGAUGCAUGUGCUUCCUUCCUACACACCAAACACCCUUCACCACAGCUCAAGUCGUUUGUUCUUGUGACCUAGGCCCACCUUGUCAACUUAUAUUCAUAUGUUGUUUAUAGGCUAGACAGGUGCAUGCUCAUAGAGAGUACAACACACUAGCACAAAACCACCCUGUAUGC